CCAUACUACAAAAUAAUCCUAAUCUCAUUAAAUUUUUGAAUAAAAAUGAAAGAAAAUUUGAGUUAUAAGCAAUAUAUAUAAGGGAAGUUUGAUAUACUUGAGUUUAUGUUUGCUGAAAAAUAAGCCAAUAUAAAACGUUAAGAAGCAUAAAGAAAUGAGUUGAAUAGUUAAGGUAUCUUUUAUUAUUGAAUUUGUAGUGAGAUAAGUUAAAGAAGAAUUAUAAGCUUUAAAAGAGCCUCAUUCAUAUGUUGGAGAUGUUGUAAACAAAUGGGAAAGGAUAAAGUUUUAGUUAAAGUAAAUCCAGAAGGAAAAUAUGUUGUGACAUUAGAUAAGAAUAUUAAAAUUGAAGAUUGCAAACCAAACACUA